GCCAGAUAACGCGACCCGGUUUUCUUUCGAUAUCCUUAUUUGUUUUCCCUCCUCCUUCUUCCUUCCCUUUGAGCAAGGAAGCUCCUUUUCCAGAAGGAAAGGGACGGCUUAGGAGAGCACCACGUGAGCAGGAGACGGAAGACGCCCCCUCGCUCCCCGUCUCCUCUGCCUCGCAGGCCCGAAGGCAGCCCGAGAAGCUCGAGUGGCCCCUCCGAAGCAGGGGGCAUGGCGGGGAUCAAAGCCUUGGUUGGCUUAUCGUUCACCGGAGUUAUUGGUCUGACAUUUCUUAUGCUGGGGUGUGCCCUUGAACAAUAUGGGGUCUACUGGCCACUCUUUGUCUUGAUAUUUUACUUCAUAAGUCCUAUUCCUCACUUCAUUGCAAAAAGAGUGAGUGAUGAUACAGAUGCUGCAAGCAGUGCCUGCAAGGAAUUAGCAUAUUUCUUCACAACAGGAAUUGUGGUUUCUGCCUUUGGAUUUCCUAUCAUUCUUGCCCGUGUUAAUGUGAUAAAGUGGGGAGCUUGUGCCCUUGUGCUGGCUGGCAAUGCAGUAAUUUUCCUUACCGUUUUAGGCUUUUUUGUCCUGUUCGGCAGAGGAGAUGAUUUUACGUGGGAACAGUGGUAAACUUUACAGAUGUGUAUUAUAUUGCUUAUAUAGACUUUAUUAUUGUACAGCUCUUAUAGUGCCAUUUUUAUGUAUAUAUACAAUGUAUAUAUGUGCAUAUAUUAACCUAUGUUAAGCACAAACAUAUAUAGCCAUAGAUUUUUGCUUUUUUAGAACAAUUUUAAUAUUUUGAUCAACAACAGCUAACAUGGGGAAUUAAUUGCAUUUAAAAAAAUCAAGUGUAUUUGCAUAAUGUGGGAUGAGUAGUCUUCCCAGAUCUGGCGGCUGCAGACACCCAUUGCUGAAACUUGGAGGACCGCAGCUGUGAUUCCAUCUCCAUUUUUCCUUAUGGUUUAUUAAUAGAACCCUCCUCCAAAAAACCCACAAUUGAUGAGGGGGGAGAUCCUGAAGUGGUGCUUUUGUUAUGUGCUUUCAAUUCAGAACCAACUUCUAGUGACCAUUAUCAGGGCUUUCAAGGUAAUAGAGAUGUUUAAGGGGUGGUUUCCCCAGUUUCACCCCUCCCCAGUGAAUUUCCCCAGCCAAGCAGGGAUUCUAACCCAGGCCUCCUGAGUUCUACCCUGUCACUCUACCCACUGCACCGCACAGGGUGCUCUUAAUAAUGCUAUCCUUGUCUUAAAUUGGUUUGAGGUGAUGAGGUCUCUUUAAAAUAUUGCAAAAUUGCACCUGUGCCCCUGGAGGGCACAAGGGGGCUUUAAAAGCCCUCAAUUUUUUAUUUUUGCUCUAAAAGAAAAUCAUUGAGUACCGGUGGAGCAGGUAACCUGAGGAGCCACAGUUUGUCCUCUGCUGGCUUAGCGAAAUGCAUGCCGCUUCCUGCACCGCAUGAGGAUCUUUGCACUGUAGCCACAGGUUUGCAGGUUAGGACAGUCUUGCCAUUUAGGCCAGAGACUUAGCUAGUUUUUCUCUAGGAUUUGCACUUACUGUAACUUUUGCUGCUGCUGCUGCUUUUGUUUUCAAACUGCAGUGCAGCAAAAGGUAUUGAGGCCGCAUGAAAACAAAAGUUCAUUUAAAUACCAGUUUUGAUUUGGCCAAGGAGCUGUUCUCCAGGAAGCUCUGUGUUUUGGCAGUAGCAAAAAAAAAUAUGUGUAUCGAUGGUGGUGCAAAAAUUACUUGUCACAUACCUUGAUUUAGAAAGAAAACCCAAACAACCCUUGAGCUGUAGGAUAGUGUGACAGAAUCCUGUAGAUGCCUUGCACAGAGUAAUCUGCAUCUCGCAUAUACAGAAGCAACUAUAUUCAGGUGUUCAGCAAAGGUUUGAUCUUCAUAUUGGAGGACAGAGAAUUUCAGCCUUGCAUGACCAUCGCCGUCUAAAGAGGAAAAGCUCUACUAGGCACGAAACCUCUCUGUGUUACUGGAAAAUCAGGGUUCCUGAUCAUGUGGCGCUUUAUAGCCAAAGCUUUCUUUUUCAGACUGUUUACUCUCUUGAAGAGAGUGUAGAGAUAAAGCUCUCUCCUUCUCAUAUGUUCCAUUCUGAAUGCUUGAAUAAGGCUUGAGUCUUGUUCCAUCCUCAGGGGAUUUCCAAUUCAGCAGGCACCAGUGGAAUAGAAGAAUGGGUGGGUCUUCAUUGAGUUCACCCUCCCCUUAUACAGCCCUCAGUUUCUGCUUUGCUUGAGCUUUGGUUCAUUCAUUUUAAAUCUUUAAAUAUAUUGCUAGUUAUGCUUAGCACAGAGGUAGAAAAGUGAAAGCUGCUGUUCUGUGCACACAUACCUGGGAAUAGGCUCCACUGAUUAAAUGUUUAAGCGAACGUUUUCAUGAUAUAGUCCGAUGAAGUGGUGUUUUUAUCCACAAAAGCUUGCGUAUUGUAUGAUACUUUUUAAAGUGGUUUGUAAAAGUAUCACCUAUUGCAUUUGCAUUUUAGUAUGUUUUCAGAAGUUGCCUUAUAGGUGCUGUUGUACUGGUAAGAAGGAAUGGAAGCGUAGGUUGCCCCUCUGUUCAAGGGGCAUCUACGUUCAGUGCAUCUUUCACUGAACUUAGAAGUCCUGCUUUGGGGACUACACGCCCCUGAUUCUCCUGGCUGGGAAAUUCUGAAAACUGUAGCCUAAAAGAGUAAAUUUUCCAAGCUCUGGUUUUCUGCCAUACCAAACUAAUAGAGUAUUUUAGGGCUUAGGAUACUAGAAUUAAUGAGAAUGGUAAAUGAUAAUGUAGGCAUUCUAGCAGGUAUCAAAUGACUUUAUUAAUCUUCAGAAGGGAAUGAGUCGCUAUUGUUAUAGAUAAGAUAAGAUAAAAAUGUUUUUCUGUUCUCUGUGAAAAAUCCAAUUUGUCUUGUUUCCUGGUUGCAAUGUGUUUAGCUUAUUGCUGGAAUUCAAAAGCUUUCCAACAUCUUGAUGCUGACCAGCUCCAAGCUGGCCAUCCUACCACAUCCUGUGAACAUUCAUUUUCUUCUGUGUUUUUUUUUAAUUACAUAGUAGUAAACUAAUUUCAAAGUGCCUUUAUCUCUUAGAUUACUCUGAUCCAUAGAAAGCAUGUCGAUAAUGCAACGUCUAUUUUUUCAGUCUGAUGGUCCAGUUGUUUUCCAUUCUCUGGUGCCUAGCCUUUUCUAUGAUUCAUAUAAAAUAUACAUGUAUUUGAAAUGUUGUUACUUUUCUAAUCUAUACGAUUGAAAUACUGAAAUCGUGCAAUAUUGCAGUGUAUUUGUAAGUGAAAACAUGCUUCAAGCUCUAAUAAAACUGUACUUUAAAGUUUCACUAUCAUGAA